AUGGCUCAGCCCCCUGAAGAUACGAGAAGCCUCAAGGAUAAAAUCGACCGGAUUCACAAUGAGUCACAGAUGGCACACCCUUUCGAAGAUACCAGAAAUUUGAAGGAUAGAAUCGAACGGAUUCACAACGAGUCACAAAACAUUCCACCGAAAAACAAAGACGAACCACAGAAGGCUAGCUCGGACAUGCCACCUAUCCCGUUGAGAUCACGCACCAACAAGGAAUUUGCAGCAUGGGCUGAAUAUCUGGGCGAGGAGAAAGACGUCGAGUUCAUCGAAUGGAAGAAGAGAAUGGUGGGUGAAGGCCAGACGCAAUUUGCACCGUCGGAGGCCAGCGGGAAACGGGACGGACAGGGAGAGAACAAGAACAAGAAAUAG